GCCUCCAUUGUGCUAGUGUUCAUUCAUAACUCAAAACUGCAAUCUUUCUUAUUAUUAAAAAAAAUAUUUGCAAUCUUUUUUAGUCAUUCAAAGAGACUAUGGCUCGUUCCAUUUACUUCAUGACAUUUCUUGUCUUGGCAAUGACCCUCUUUGUUGCCAAUGAGGUGCAAGGUAAGGAAAUUUGCUGUAAAGAUGUCUCAAGAGCUGUUAUAUGUUCUAGUGACCCGCUAUGUAAACAAAUCUGUAUCGAAGAGGAGAACUAUGAAGAUGGUCAUUGUUUCACAAUCCUAAGGAAGUGCGUAUGCAUGAGGAGAUGUAAUGUGGUUCAGGAUGUUAAAACUCUCGCAGAAAAAUUGUUGCUUGAAAAAGAGUUUCUCAAGCAGUAAUUAAGUUUGAUUAGGAAUUUAGUGUCACACAAAAUUAAAUAAAGUGUCGCCUUUCUUAAAGAGGUAACUUAUAAUGUUGUGUUCUUGGCAUAUAGUAGCCAUUUGACACAUUAAAUAAAUUUGUGACACAUCAAUCCUUCAUGUACAACUUUGUGUGUCUUUUAAUGAAAAGGGAUCGUUUACGAUCAA